AUGGCGCAACCCGCCCGCCACGCCGCAAUGCUAUCCAUUAGCAACAGCGGUCCCAACCUCCCCGUGGCAGCAGCAGCAGACAGACAACAACCAGCACAACACAUCCACACGCAAUCCCAAUCAAGCCAGGGUCUGCGCGUCCCGUCAAACCGCAAAACCAUCUACGAUAGACACCUGAACCGCAGCCGCAAUGCGGAGCUCAGCCGGGCUAGCUUCGCCUUUCUGUUCGCCGAGAUGGUGACUUACGCCCAGAGACGAGUAACGGGAAUUCAGGAUUUAGAACGCCGAUUGAACGAACAAGGCUACCCCCUAGGUCUCCGACUCCUCGACCUCCUCUUCUACCGCACCAUGUCCAGUUCCACAUCCUCCGCUCUAUCCAGCUCUUCCUCGACUUCUUCCUCCCCUCCCAAUCGUCCCCUCCGCAUCCUCCCCCUCCUUCAUCUCAUCCACGGCCCUCUCUGGCGCCUCCUGUUUAAUCGUCCCGCCGAUGCCCUCGAGCACUCUGUCUCCCCCGAGACGCCUAAUGAAUAUAUGAUCACCGAUAAUGAUCCCCUCGUUAAUACGUAUAUCAGCGUGCCGAAGGAAAUGAGCAUGCUUAAUUGCGCGGCCUUCGUGGCGGGGAUUAUUGAGGGCGUUUGCGAUGGGUGUGGAUUCGAGGCGAAGGUCACCGCUCAUAAUCAGCCUACGGAGAUGUGGCCCGGCAGGACGAUAUUCUUGUUGCGUUUCGGGGAGAGUGUUAUGGAGCGGGAGAAGGUUUUGGAGAGGGCCGGCGUUAAAUAA